AUGAAUAGUACCACGGGCACCGUCGACUUCAAAGUCGGUGACGAGACAUACCAAACGUGGUACAACGUCGUUGGUGACCUCAAGUCAGGCAAACGACCACUUAUCACACUUCAUGGAGCUCCCGGGAUGUCUCACAUCUACAUGAUAUCGCAUACCGAGAUCUAUUCUCUAUACGGCAUCCCAGUCAUCUUCUACGAUCAACUCGGCAUCGGAAAAUCCACCCAUCUUCGCGACAAACCCGCCGAAUUCUGGACCCCAGAACUAUUCAUGGACGAACUCGACAACCUUCUCCUGCAGCUUGGUGUCGAGAGUGACUUUGAUCUUCUGGGGCACUCGUGGGGAGGGAUGCUGGCUGCUGACUAUGUCGCCCAGCGCCAACCUCCCGGCCUCCACCGUCUAGUCAUAUCCAGCUCUCCACCCUCGGAGAAACUGUGGGACGAGAGUAUGCUGGGAUAUCUGGAAGCUUUUCCGGCAGAGUUUAAGGAGAUGGUGUUGAAACACGAGAGAGAAGGCACCGUCUCUUCGGCGGAGUACCAAGCAGCCAUCCAAACAAUGCCCUGGCCCGAAGAGCUGGUUGCUUCGUUUGCUUCCGUAGAAGAAGAUCCCACCGUGUCGAAUGCCAUGUCAGGGACCACACAGUUCCACUCGACUGGUUCAUUGAGAACUUGGUCAGUGAUCGACCGCCUUCAUCGUAUUCCAUGCCCUACACUCGUCACGAACGGGCCCGAAGAGGGAGCUCAGGACUACGUGAUUGCUCCUUUCAUCGAGAAAAUACCUAAAGUUAAGUGGGUCAGGUUUGCGAAGAGUCAUAUUGCGUUCUUCGAGGAUAGGGAUUAUUACUUCAAGGCUAUCGGUGAUUUCUUGAGGGUGGACUGA